GCCGCUUACCUCUCGACUCGGAUAGAACUCGCCCGGAGGUUGAUUUACUCCCGAUUUCUAUAUAUAUUUAUUGCGCCGUUCGUUUGUCUGGCCAGUGCUCCAGGAUCGUUGGAGCGAUGAAGUUUUUGGUCGUAGCGCUCCUGGCGACGAUCGCGUCCUCGGAAUACGUCUACAAGACGCCCCACAACGCCCUCCCCCUGAACCCCGGACCGAGCGUGGUCGACAGGAAGGUGAUCCUUGGGCACCUCGAUAGACACGGGCCCUUCCACGGGCUCCGCACCCACGGAUUAGGACACGUGGUGUCCGAACACGAACUCCUUCCCGAAUACGGCGUCCACGACGAGUACCUUCCUCCUCUCGCUUACGGUUACGGACACGGGGGACACCCCCAUGCCCACCUUCAUGGGCACGUCCACGCCCAUCCUCACGCUCACGUUCACGCCCAUCCUCACGUCCAUGUCCAUGCCCACCCUCACGCCCACAUCCACGCCGACCCUCACGCCCACCUCCACGCCCAACUUCUUGGGGUCAACCAUGGAAUCCUUGCAGGACCCCAUGACGUAUACGGACACGGGGUUGGAGUGGCUCACCAUCCGUAUAACGGACAGUCGUACGUAGCACCCAGACAUCAUGGUAAUUACGGCUACGCACCUCAUUAUGGGUAUGAGUAUUAGUGUGUAAUUGUGAAUAGUUAUGAGAAACAUAACUUAAUUUAUGAUUUAAUGUUAAUAAGAAAUUUUUUUACAUUUUUUGGUAAAUAUAUUUAAUAUCCAGUG